AGGAGGGGGAGUGGGGAGUAUUUGCUGCUUCAUCAAAUUGUGGUCUGCUCAGACUGAAAUAUUUUGCUUUGGAUUUUUGAGAAGAUUUGACUUUGGGUCCUGUGUUGUUAAAAUUCAGCUUCUUAUUCUUCUACUUUUUUUAUAUAUUUUUUAUUUAUUUAUUUUCCCUUCUGUUGCCCUUGUUUUUUAUUGUUGUUGUAGUUAUUAUUGUUGUUUUGAUGUCAUCGUUUUUAGUUAGGACAGAGAGAAAUGGAAAGAGGCGGGGAAGAAAGAGGGAAGAGAAAGACACCUGCAGACCUGCUUCACAGCCUGUGAAGUGACUCUCCUGCAGGUGUGCAAAACAAAUGUCGUCAAGUGAGAGGAAAUCAAGGAAUCGGGACAGGCACUAUGAUGAGGUCCCAAGGGAUUUGCCCUAUCAGGAUGGCACCAUAAGAACCCUCCAGAGUCUUCAUGACAGUGAGUUGGCCGUGAGCGCUGAUCCUUUGCCACCACCCCCUCUCCCAUUACAGCCACCAUUCGGCCCCGUAUUUUACUCAAGUGACACAGAGGAACCAGCUAUUGCACCAGAUCUUAAACCCAUUAGGCGCUUUGUCCCUGAAUCCUGGAAGAACUUCUUCAGGGGGAAGAAAAAGGAUCCAGGUUGGGACAAGCCAGUGUCGGACAUCAGAUUCAUCUCUGAUGGAGUUGAGUGUUCACCUCCAGCCUCUCCGUCGAGAUUAAACCAUAAUUCAUCCUCCAACUCCUGCAAUGAUCCUUACGGAAGGUCAGAAGGAAACUUUAACUCCCGGAAGGCAACUGAUGCUAUGCUUUCCCCUGAUUCCUAUGGAUCAUUAGGCCUACAAAUGCAGACAGCCCGCACAUACAGUGAAAAAGUGGAGGAGUACCACCUGAAGUAUUCCUACAUGAAGUCGUGGGCAGGUCUGCUGAGAAUUCUGGGUGUGACAGAACUACUUUUGGGGGCUGGGGUUUUUGCUUGUGUCACAGCUUACAUUCACAAGGACAGCGAGUGGUACAACCUGCCUGGAUAUUCACAGUCCUAUGGCAUGGGAGGCAUUGGUGGCCUGAGCAGUAUGUAUGGGGGUUAUUACUACAGUGGCCCCAAAACCCCUUUUGUACUUGUGGUUGCUGGAUUAGCUUGGAUCACCACUAUUAUCAUUCUGGUUCUUAGCAUGUCUAUGUAUUAUAGGACCAUUCUUCUGGACUCUAAUUGGUGGCCCCUAACUGAAUUUGGAAUUAAUGUUGCUUUGUUUAUUUUGUAUAUGGCUGCAGCCAUAGUCUAUGUGAAUGAUACCAACCGAGGUGGACUCUGCUACUAUCCAUUAUUUAAUACUCCACUGAAUGCUAUGUUCUGCCGUGUAGAAGGAGGACAGAUAGCAGCGAUGAUCUUCCUGUUUGUCACUAUGAUAGUGUAUCUUAUCGGUGCUUUGGUUUGCCUAAAAUUAUGGAGACAUGAGGCAGCUCGGAGACACAGGGAACACAUGGAGCAGCAGGAGUGUGAAAUGGCCGCCAGCUGUGACAGACAGAGAGACCAAGCAGUGAAUUUCAGAGAAUUAAGAACAACAAAAAUGAAACCUGAAUUCCUGAGUGGACACAUCCCCCCGGGUCACAUUCCUAAACCUAUCGUGAUGCCAGACUACAUGGCAAAAUACCCUAUGAUUCAGACAGAUGAUGAACGAGAACGCUAUAAGGCUGUGUUCCAAGACCAGUUUUCAGAAUACAAAGAGCUCUCUGCAGAGGUACAGGCCGUCUUGAGGAAGUUUGAUGACCUGGAUGCAGUGCUCAGCAGAUUGCCACAUUGCUCAGAAAACCACCAGGAACACAGGAGAAUUUCAAGAAUUCAUGAAGAGUUUAAGAAAAAAAAGAAUGAUCCUACAUUUCUGGAAAAAAAGGAACGCUGUGAAUACUUAAAGAAUAAACUUUCUCACAUAAAACAACGAAUUCAAGAGUAUGAUAAAGUGAUGAAUUGGGAUGUGCAAGAUUACUCUUAAACCUGGUCUGAAACCACUUUUUUUUUUUUUUUUUUUUUUUUUUUAGUAUCAGACUUAAUAUUUAUUUACUGACUUUUUUGUUCUAGUCUCAGAGGGAAAAGCUGAGUCCAUUUCUGGUUGGUUAACUGGCACAUAGUGUUAAAACAGUGUGAUUUUACUAAAACAUUCCAAAAUAGAUUGAGAUUUAAUAAGGCCUUCCCCCCACCCAAGAAUGGAAUAUGUGCGGUAUUCAUGUAUAUGCUUUCAUAUUUAUCAACCUUUGUCAAAAUGAAAAGUGACUUUGGAUCCCUAUAGAGUAUCAACCCUGGUGCAACUUUUUCCUUUUUUACUCAGACAAGUUUCUAGGAUUUUUUGUGGACACAUUUUUCUUCCUAGUCCAAGAUGUAAUUGCUUCCAUUGAUAGGAAUUUGAGAGCCAGAUCAGUAUGUUCAAGCCAUGUGAUCUUGGGCAAGUCUCAUCAUCUCUCUGUACCUAUGUCUUCACCUAUAAAAGAGGUUAAUGAUAGUCCCUAUCUUUUUUUAAAUAUUUAUUUAUUCCCUUUUGUUGCCCUUGUUUCAUUGUUGUAGUUAUUGAUGUCGUUGUUGUUGGAUAGGACAGAGAGAAAUAGAGAGAGGAGAGGAAGACACCUGAAGACCUGCUUCACUACAGGUGGGGAGCUGGGGGCUCGAACUGGGAUCCUUAUGCCAUUCCUUGUGCUUUGCGCCACAUGCGCUUAACCCGCUGCACUACUGCCUGACUCCCUGAUAGUCCCUAUCUUAUGGGGGUGUUAUAAGGAUUAAAAGAAUUAAUAUUGAUAGCACUAAGAGUGCUAUCCCUAUUAGUGCCACAUUAGUGUUUCGGAAAUGAAUAGAAUUGUUUGUGUAGUGAAUAAACUAAUCAGAAUAAUUGAGAAAAGAUUUUUAAUAGAAAGCCCAACUAGCUAACCAGAAGGCCAUGUGUCCCAUAAAGAUAUUUUGUGCUAUUAAUAACUUACCAGGUGUGACCUUAAGUAGAUGCUUCUGUGCCCUUUGAGGUUCAGCACAGCCCUUAACUUUAAUCAGUCUCACUGUGCAUAUACCUCCAUGCCCCCACACCCCUGCCAUUCCUGUAUACAUCAAAUAAAAGAUAGUGUUAAUCCUGUUGUCUUUCCUCUCCCACUGGGAUGUUCAUCUUAAGACUCCAUGAUGUCACAUUUACUUGGAAUCACCCUUUGGUUUAUGGGGGUGCUUUACCUUCCACUUGUUAUCUUGACUGAGAUUUUAUUCAGUAGAUGUUAUCUUUUUUUUUUUUUAAAUAUAAACAGCCUUUAAAAAAAUCAGUGCUAUUAAUUCUGUAGCAGCAUCUACCUUGUAAAUAAUCUCUGAAGUGCAGCAAUAUGACUUUUGCCUAAUAUGUUGCCAUUCAUUGCUUAAAAGAUUUUCAGAAAUGAUGAAACCAAAGAAAAAGAAUGGCUUAAAAAAUGUUGGUUAAUGAAAGAACUUAGUUUUUCUGUGUCAAUGAAAUCUUACCUAGGGGUUUAUUGCUAACAUUUCAGUUCUGUGGUGCUGAUUGUGCUUGUUGUCCUAUGAAUUUUAAGAGGUGACACUAGGAAGUGUGGGCUUCCUCUAGAAGCCCCUCAUCUACAAUAGCUUAAUUUCUGUUUUCUAUAUUGGGAUCCCUUGUUCACAUUUCACUCUAGUGCUUAGGAAAAGAUGAAAUGUCACCUUUUUGGUAUAAAGUGGACAGUUAAUAUUUAACUGAAGUGUUGAGAAAAUUUAACUGUGUAAAACUUUUUUACUGUAUUUGUAAAUGCUAAUCUCUGGGAAAAAAAACAUGAUGUAAUACUGAUUUUUUUUUUUUUUAGUGUUUAUGUGAAUGCUCAGGCAUAGUAAAAUGCCAAUUGCCUGUUUUCAGACAGCUCCUCAUAGUUUGCUUUUCUGGCAUUUCUGUGUUGACUGGACAUGUUCUGGAUAAUAUUUCUGAUUAUCAAAAAUAAACUGGAGCCUGUAGGUAA